AGAGAGAGAGAGAGAGAGAGAUAGAGAGAAAAGAGAGAGAAAAGAGAGAUGGAGGGGGAAAACAGCAGAUGAGGGUCACUGGGGAUUUCCACCGUGUAGGAUCAGAGAAGGCAUGAGAAGUAGGUAAGAGAGAGAACUGGGGAAACACAUGUAGUCACAGAGAGAGAAGGAGAGAUCAUACGGCAGGAAGAGAGUGGCGACAGAAGAUCACGAGCGCUGAAUGAGAGCAGCAGAAGAAGUGAAGCAGAGAGUUCACUGAGCGAAGACGACAUCAGAGUUCUGGAGCAGGCUUCGGGUGGGGAGGCCGACAUUACACUUUUCUCUCACAGGAGGUGGACCAGUCAAAUGGGCUGCAAAUGGUAGAGAUGAAAUGCACGAGUGAGGACAAGUACCUGAAAGAUGGAAAAUGCUGUGAUCGCUGUCCUGCAGGGAUGCAUGUGCAGACUGAUUGUGACGGCACCAACAGGACCAAGUGUGAUAAAUGUCGACAUGGGUUUUACAUGGCCACUAAAAAUCACUUGAUGAAAUGUCAACCCUGCAAACAGUGCAGUUCCCAAAACAAACAGAGGAUUUCCAAAGACUGUUCAGCUCCGGAGGACACGGAGUGCGAGUGUGAGACUGGUUUCUUCUGUAGUAAUGACCAGUGUGAGCACUGCCAGCCAGUGACCCAGUGCCCUAUCGGUGAAGGAGUGCGGGUUCCAGCCAAUCGCACCAGUGAUACCAUCUGUGCUCCUUGUGAGGAGGGGACUUACAGCAAUGUAACAGAUUUCAUCUCAAGCUGUAAACCACACACCAGAUGUCGGGAAUUGACAUCUGUUCGGGGAAACCAAAAAUCCGAUUCCAUCUGCAGGGACGUUUUGCCUCGUUGUUCCUGGAUGCUGCCCGCGGGCCUGUGGUCAGGACUCGUGUUGACGGCACUUGUCCUGCUCGCUGUUUUCGUCUUCUGGAGGGCAAAGCGCAAAUCGCUCCGAGCAGUCAGGUCCAGUGUUCCCGUUACGGCGGAGGUGGUUACCACGGUACUGGUGACGUCGCUGGAUCUGCCUCUACCGUCCACAGAGCGGAACGGCCACUGUCAAGAGAGCUGUGUCGCGAUGGAGUCCAAGUUACCACUUUGCAGCACAGAUGUUACCCUGGUCAGCUGCGAUGCGGAAAUCAGCCUCCCCAUAUCCCCGCUGAAGAUCUCGGCUUCAUUCCCUGAAUCCAUUCCCAACACUGGAGAUCGCACCAGCAACUUCCACAGGACCCCCUCAGAGCCACAGGAGGACGAGUGGUGGGACAUAACGGAGUAAAGUUCUCGUAACAGCAAAACAAAUACAAGAAAAACUUAAACUGUAACUAUUUAUACAAACAAGAAACAAAGAGUAUAGGCUUUUACUUUUUGGAGAUACGGGUCGCUGAUCGUUUGUCGCCCCCUGCAGGACUUUCUUGAGAACUUCAAUUCUUGUGACGUGACAUUGUUUACAGUGAAGCAAAGAGCUAAAACCCCUGACAUCAAGUAACUGACAGAUUAAGCUAAAAGCAAACACUGGUGCAGCUCUUUACUUUGACUGGAGCUUCACACUGAAAUAGGUCUUAAGCUACAGCUCAGUGUCCCUUAAUACAAGACGUAUUAAGGGAUAUGUCUUGUUAUUGUUUCAUAUUUUUCUUAUCAACAAACCACCAAAACCAACACAAACUAAUCCUACAAACUUUUUAGCUGUACUCAACCUAUAUAUAAGUUAUUCCGCAUUACAAUAUAUAUCCGUUGCAAAAAAGACCUCGCUGGCGCAGCGUCAUUCCUGAUCACAAAUGUGUCAAUCAAUGAAGUCUAUGCAUCCAGGGAGCAUGACGGCAGAAUUCAAAAAGCAUUUAUCUGUUGUUGGGUUUAGACUUUUCUUGGAACUUGUCGACCGUAAAAUAUAAAAUGUUACAUGUCAGCAUUAUCCUUUCGUGUAAAGUAUGUUUUUGUAAUGUUGCUUAAAUCUAAUUUAACUUAUUUUGUUGCAAAUUCAGAUGAUUUGGCCAAUUUCUAUUAUACAUUGUAACUGUUGGAAGCCAAAGAAAUUAAACUCUUACCUUCUCUUUAAGUUUGCUGUAAUCAGACUAGUAAUUCCCCCCC